AUGUCUGAUCGUGGUGGGCGUGGUCGCGGUGGUCGUGGUGGUGGUGGUCAAGCUGGGCGUGGCGGUGGUGGACAAGGUGGCGGAAGAGGAGGUGGAGGUGGAGGUGGAGGUGGAGGAGGUGACAACCGCGGAGGCUUUGGUGGGUUCCCCAGAGGGGGUGGAAGGGGUGAUAGAGGUGGUGGUGGCGGAAGGGGUGAUAGAGGUGGUGGUGGCGGAAGGGGUGAUAGAGGGAGAGGAGGCUUUGCCCCACGUGGGGGUAGGGGAGGAGGCGGUGCAGGAGGUCCAUCCGACGAGGAUUUCCACCUAUUCAGGCCUUCUGGAGGACCCACGGGCGUUGACCGAAACGUCAUAAACCACGAGGACUCCUUAAUCGCUAGCUUCAAGGGACUUUCGGUACAACCACCUCCAGAUGUUCCAGGCGACAUUGAGCCUGCUUAUCCACCUCGUCCAGGAUUUGGAACUACUGGCGAAAAGGUUCUUGUUCGCGCCAACUUUUUCCCUAUCGAUAUUAAACCCCCAGGCGGUGGAAAGAACCUAAUUGUGCAUGUAUAUGAUAUCAAAGUGACCCCGGAUGAACAAAAGAAGAAGGCGAUCUUGAAGCGUGUUAUUCAAUUGUUCAUCCAAGGCCAUCUUGCUAAGCAUAUAGUUGCUACCGACUGGUCCAAGACUCUAUUUUCUCCCAAGAAGCUCCCCACCGACCUUGUUCCGGAGGGCGGUGUCAAGAUCAAACUCUACUUUGAGGAUGAAAAGGGACCUAGUGAAAAGAGCAAGGAAUACACUGUCGAAAUCAAGUCUAGCAAGAACAGCACUUUAGAUAUUGGGGAUCUCUGGUCUUAUGUCAGGGGUGAAUCGGAUCACAAGCACAAGGCCUUGAAUGCCAAGUACUCACCUCCAUUGGUCCAAUGUCUCAAUAUCAUUUUAUCUAUGUUCCCAAGCCAGAAUCAUGUCCAGUUCGGGAGCAACAGCUACUUCGUUCUUCCACCUCAAGGUCAAAAAAAACCCAUUGGCGGCGGUUUGGAUGCCAUCCAAGGUUUUUACUCGUCUGUUCGACCUGGUUUCGAUCGCAUUCUCUGCAACAUUAAUGUUCGAACCGGUGCAUUCUAUCAGGAUCGCCCUCUCCACGAGUUGAUGUUCGCUUCGAUGUAUAGAGACUACGCCGAGAACAGGAAACUCAAUGAGCGAGAAAUCGACAUGCUCAGCAGGUUUUUGAAGGGUGUUAAGGUUUCGCUUCACCAUCUUCAAGGUGUUCGAAAGAAGUCGGUGGAGAGUGUUGGGUUAAAGAACUCCGAGGAGGAGAAAUUCCACUGCGAAGAAUUCGGCGGUGGCCUCAUCAGUGUGAAGGACUACUUUGCAAAGAAAUACAAGAAGAAACUGGGAUUCCCGCUUCUCCCAGUGGUUAAUGUUGGGAAUAGGGAGCGUCCUAACUGGCUGCCUGCUGAGCUGUGCACUGUCACUCCUGGACAGCCCUUCAAGGGAACCCUCGAUGGUGUCAACACCAGCCAAUUGAUAACCGUCGCCUGCAAACCUCCUACUACGAAUGCUAAUGUCAUUACUUCGGCUGGGCUGAAGGCUCUCGGUCAUACUGCUGAUACUCAGAAUCCAACUUUGGCCGGAUUCGGUAUCAAACUCGACCUGCAUAUGGUCAUCGUCCCCGCCCGUGUCCUUCCAGCACCUCAAAUCCAAUAUUCUGGGAAGCCGUUGAACCCUUUCAACGCAUCCUGGAAUCUUGCUCAGUCUAAGUUUGCAAAGGCUGGGGAAAUAAAAGUUUGGGGCGCUUUGGGUAUCAUCGGUGGACGAGAUGCCACGCCAGAGAACAUCGAACUAGCCCUGAAAUGCUUGACCGAUCAGUGUAGGUUGACUGGUAUUAAGGUCCCUGCUACGCUUCCAAAUAUCCGGUUCAACAACGACCCUUCAAAUAAUCUUAAGUAUAUCCAGGACACCUUCAUCAAGGCAGCUUCUAUGCAGCAGAAACCACAAAUUGUGUUCUGUUUCAUUCCCACCAAGGACCAGAGGUUAUAUGAGUACAUCAAGCGUGGCGGUGAUAUUGUGGCGGGUGUUUCGACUGUCGUCGUCACCAUGGACAAGGCGAAUAAGAGGGGACAGCUUCGUGAACCUGCUAAAGCUGCUCAAUAUUUUGCCAACGUAGCUAUGAAGAUCAACUUGAAAGCUGGUGGACGCAAUCACAUGCUGCAAGAAAAACAGCUCGAGCCACUUAUCGAGCCAAACAAGCCCCCCGCUAUGCUUUUGGGAGCCGAUGUUACCCAUCCCUCACCCGGUUCCGCCAAGGGCACUCCAUCUCUCGCCGCUGUUGUUGCAUCUUGUGAUAGGACUUUCGGCCAAUUCCCAGCUUCGAUCCGUCUCCAGACUUCUAAGAAAGAAAUGAUAGAAGGCCUGGAGCAAAUGGUCAUCGAACGCCUGGAGGAGUACGCCCGUCAUAACAAAGGUGCUAUUCCCGAAAAGGUUCUUUUCUACAGAGACGGAGUUAGUGAGGGCCAGUAUGAUCAAGUCCUAGCCAACGAAGUCCCCGAAAUCUUGAAGGCCUUUAAUUCCUACAGACCUGGUAAUAAGCCCAAGUUGACCGUCGUCAUCGUUGGGAAACGCCACCACACUCGUUUUUACCCGGCUGAGGAGAAUGCCGCGGAUAAGAAGUACAACUGCAAGCCCGGGACCGUCGUUGAUCGUUCGGUCACUGCUGUUUACGACUUUGACUUCUAUCUCCAGGCACACUCCGGCCUUCAGGGUACUGUGCGCCCUGCGCACUAUUACGUUAUUCGAGAUGAUAUUGGUUUUACUGCUGACAAGUUGCAGAAUUUGACUCAUAAUCUCUGCUACCUCUUUGGUAGAGCCACUAAGGGUGUCUCUAUCGUUCCUCCCGCCUACUACGCAGACUUGGCCUGUGAUAGGGGCCGAUUCUACAUUCAUCCUUUGUUGACCGGCGCCGAACCUGGUUCUCGAAACUUUACUCAGGCCCAGAGCGAGAAGAGGGCGAGGGAAUAUUUCCGUGAUGGCAUUCACAAGGAUCUUAGGGGCAACAUGUGGUAUAUUUAG